AGGGGCGGGACCUCGGAGGCGCGAGAGCGAGGCCGGCAGUGUCGCGCGCGGAGUCGCCGCGGGCUGCUGCUGACUGUCCUAGAGUGGCUGGAAUUCCCGCCGGAGCGCGGCCGGACUAAUUUUAGGAAAUGCCAAGUAGGAAGUUUGCUGAGGGUGAGGUGGUCAGAGGUCGGUGGCCUGGGAGCUCCCUUUAUUAUGAAGUUGAAAUUCUGAGCCAUGACAACAAAUCCCAGCUCUACACUGUAAAAUACAAAGAUGGCACUGAACUGGAACUGAAGGAGAGUGACAUCAAGCCUUUAAAAUCCUUUAAGCAAAGAAAAAGUGGCUCAACUUCUAGCUCUCCUUCAAGACGCCGAGGCAGCCGCUCAAGAUCACGCUCCCGAUCCCCGGGCAGGGCACCAAAAGGUUCCAGAAGAUCCGUCUCUGCUUCCCACCAGGCUGACUUUAAGGAAAAGGAAAUGAGGAGGGAAAUUUUGCAAGUUAAAUUGACUCCGCUUGUGUUGAAGCCAUUUGGAAACAGCGUCGCUGUGUACAACGGGGAGCCCGAGCACGUGGAGAAGAAUGCCACACCUCAUAAAAACAAGCAGGAAAGAGUCAUUUUGUCAGCAGAAGACAGUUAUAUAACUACACAGUACAGCCUUCGUCCCAGAAGAGAAGAAGUCAAAGCCAAAGAAAUAGAGUCCGAGGAACAAAACCUUGUCACCAAAGGACCCUCACCUUUGGGAACCUUUCAAGUGAGCACGCCACAGAGGAAAGACUUGGAGUUUGGAGGAAUACCUGGUGUGUCCUUCAUCAUGCUUGGCCUGCCUGCCUGUGUCCUGCUGCUACUGCUGCAGUGCGGGCAGAAGGACCCCAGGCUGCUCAGUCUUCCUCCACCUCUGCCAGCUCUCCACGAGCUGUGGGAAACCAGUGUGUGUGGCCUUUACCUCCUCUGGUUUUUCGUUCAAGCUCUCUUCUACCUUCUACCAGUCGGGAAGGUUGUAGAAGGAACACCUCUUGUUGAUGGAAGAAGACUCAAGUAUAGACUGAAUGGACUGUAUGCCUUAAUCCUGACGUCUGCAGCUGUAGGAACAGCAGUUUUCUGGGGCAUAGAGCUGCAUUACCUGUACACUCACUUCCUGCAGUUGGCACUGGCAGCUACUGGGUUUUCAGUGGUCCUGAGUGUUUACCUCUAUGUCCACUCUUUGAAAGCCCCAAGGGAUGAGUUGUCACCUGCCAGUUCUGGAAAUGCCAUCUAUGACUUCUUCAUUGGCCGUGAGUUAAACCCCCGGCUUGGUGCUUUCGAUCUCAAGUUCUUCUGUGAAUUGCGUCCUGGAUUGAUUGGAUGGGUGGUUAUUAACUUGGUGAUGCUUUUAGCUGAAAUGAAAAUACAGGAACGCAGUGCACCGUCCUUGGCAAUGAUCUUGGUUAACAUUUUCCAGCUUUUGUAUGUGGUGGAUGCCCUCUGGAAUGAGGAAGCAUUGCUGACCACAAUGGACAUCAUCCAUGAUGGCUUUGGCUUCAUGCUGGCCUUUGGGGAUUUAGUGUGGGUUCCAUUUACCUACAGUCUCCAGGCCUUUUACCUGGUCAACCAUCCCCAUGAGUUGUCCUGGCCAUUGGCUUCUGUCAUCAUUGCUCUGAAAUUAUGUGGAUAUGUCAUCUUCCGUUGUGCAAACUCUCAGAAAAAUGCUUUCCGGAAGAAUCCCUCUGAUCCAAAGCUUGCACAUUUGAAGACCAUUCAUACUUCCACGGGGAAGAGUCUCCUUGUUUCUGGAUGGUGGGGCUUUGUUCGCCAUCCCAACUACUUGGGUGACCUCAUCAUGGCUCUGGCGUGGUCCCUCCCAUGUGGCUUUAACCACCUCCUGCCUUACUUCUAUGUCAUCUACUUCACUGCCCUGCUUAUCCAUCGAGAGGCCCGUGAUGAACACCAGUGCAGGAGGAAGUACGGCCUCGCCUGGGAGAAGUACUGCCAGCGCGUGCCCUACCGCAUAUUCCCCUACAUUUACUGACCUGGGCUGCUUGCCCCAUAGCUCAGACCUCUCCCAGAAAAAAGGAAAAGUCCAAAUGAACUAACUUGAUGCACUGACAGGAUCUCUAGGUUUGUUUUUGAGUCAGGACUGUAGAGCUAAAUAGUAUACCUUUUAAUGUAGUUGAAUUUAUUCUCACUAAAGUAUGGCAGUUAAUAUAAGGGGAAAUACAAAGAUGGUAUAAUUUGCUUAUUAAUAGGAAAAUUUUAAUCCCUAAAAAAUCUGAAGUUUUAUUUUUGUAGGUUUUUCUUCUUCAAAGAUUUUUUUCUUUUUGCCAUUUGAUUUUUCUUAGUUGAAAACUCUUAAAGUACAUCUAUGUUUCAUUGUGCUUAGAACAGAAUUCUCUUUAAGUCAGCUUAUUAGUCUGUAAAUCAAGCAAGAAUCAGCCCAAUAUUGAUGGUAUAUCUGAAGAAUAAGGGCAGAUCACUUGCAGGACCUGUUUAAGGGAGACCAUUCAUAGUAGUGACUCCACCUCAGCCUUUAAAAGUGCAUUUGGAAAUGUAAACACAUAGACUAUGUAAUAUAUGGUGACUUUUGAUUUUUCUGUACAGUUUUUGAAUGUGAGAUAAUUGUUAGAAACAAAGUAGUUUUUUAACAAAACAUUUUCAGUGUUUUAAAUUAAGUUUUGUAAAGUAAUGUGAAUUUAAAAGUGUAAAGCAAUUACAUUCAUUUAAAGUUAAAACAUAGGAAAGUUACUUUUCUUUGUCCAAAGUUUGUGAAUUUGGCUUUGCUACCUCAAUUUGCAGGUGUGUGUUUGCCUUUAUAAACUGUUGCAAAUAGAAAAAAAAAAUAUAUAUUUUUGGAGUAACAGCACUAUUUAAACAUUUUUACACACAUUGGUGUUGGAAAAAAUUGCCAUUUUAGGCUACUAUUUUUAUAUAUUUUUUGACUUACAGUUCAGCAGUGUUUUUGCUACUGUUUAGCUGAUACAGUUUAUACUAUUUUGUAUCCUUUAUGUUUUUAGAACUCUCUAGAAAGGAGUUCUCUCUGAUACAACUUUUAAGUUUUCUCUCUGAGUUUAAUAGCCAUGCAUAAGCUGGUUGUAGCCAUUCAAUUCUAGUGAGGUUGAUUAGUUUCAUAGUAACUGUCCCGGAGCAGGAAAAGUGGCAGAUUCACUAGACUUUUUUUAUUCAGAGCUACAUUUUUCUCAGAAUAAGGACAUAAGGCUGCAAUACAAAAUGUAUUUGGGUUUCAAUUAUACAAUAUCACAAAUGAGCCAGAUGCAGUGUUCACAUUGUCCUGCCCUGUAGCUUAAGAGUGUAUGUAAAGAAGCCGUGAUCAUGGUGUGUUACACUCUGAUGACACGGUCAUUGUCUUACUAAUACUCAGGUAUUCAGCAGGUGUUUUCCUAUCAUGCUUUCUUUUCUCUUGGUAUCAACAUGGUAUGUGCUAAUAAGCUUAGAAGGAAACUUUGGGGUAAGUAAAGACAUUGGGUUCUUUGCCUGGUAGUGAUAGGGCAGGCAAUGCCACAGUAUAUGGAUAUCAGGUGCAAGUUGUUUUUAAUUUGAUGUUUGGCAAGCUUUGUAAUAAAAUUUUGAUUGGAAACAAAAAGUUAAAAAUAAAGACUUGCUGUUAGAGUCUCA